AUGGCAUUCGACGCUCUCUGGAUCGGCUCCGGCGUGUACGUCGGCAUCGGCGUCCUCAUGUGCGUGAUCCUGCCCUUUAUUCUUUUGCGGCCGGAGAACACGAGGAACAUCUCCAAGAAAGAGAUUCUGGGCCUCAUGUUCACCCUCGUCACGACGACCGUGGUUUGCCUCUGGCUCUUCUGGAUCUGCGCAUACAUGGCACAGAUGCACCCCCUUAUCUACCCGGAGCGACCCAAGGAAGAAGGCGGCCCUGCAGGCCUAGACCAGGGAACCUUAUGA